GAGAGAGAGAGAGAGAGAGAAUGGUUUGGAAGAAGGAAUACUUAGAUUUAAUCUUGGUCCCAACUGGGUUGCUAAUCAUGCUUUGCUACCAUCUUUUUCUUCUGUAUAGAUACCUAAGACAUCCUGAAACUACAGUCAUUGGCAAUGAAAACCACUGCAGAAAAGCUUGGGUUGAGAGAAUGCUGCAGGUUGAUGCAAGGGACAGAGGUAUGUCCCUAGCUGUAAUCUCUAGCACCACAACAGCAGCAAAUUUCUUAGCCUCAACCUCUCUAGCCUUAAGCUCUCUCAUCGGAGCAUGGAUUGGAAACUCUUCGCACAAUGUCUUCACGAGCACUAUUACAUACGGCGACACAAGUCCUACGCUAGUUUCCGUCAAAUAUAUUAGCAUUCUGGCCUGCUUCCUGCUGGCCUUAGCUUCUUUUUUACAUUGUAUAAGAGACUUUGUUCAUGCCAAUUUCCUCAUCAGUAUGCCAGACAGUGAUAUUCCUCAGGAGCAUGUCGAGAAGGCGGUGAUAAGUGGAGGCUUGUUCUGGACAUUGGGGCUAAGAGCUAUCUACUUUGCCACUACUUUGCUGCUUUGGAUUUUUGGUCCAAUUCCGAUGUUUGUUUGCUCAGUGACCAUGGUGUUGGUUUUGCACAGGCUUGAUUCAAAUUCCACUCCUUUGCAUCAGUUCCGACCAGUUGGGAGACGUGAUAAUAUGAUCAGAAAAAUUGAUGAAGAAAAACACAGAAUCGAAAGGGCUAAUGCGCAACAUGAAAAAAGAUCACACAUGCAUGGAAGCACAACUCAAGAACCACCAGAACCAAGUACGAGAUUAGAUUCAGAGGCAACAAGUUAA